AUGGCUGACCUAUACCCUUCUCUGGCGCAAUGCGCCAUCGUUGCUACAGCCUUCAAGGUUCUCCUUUUCCCCGCAUAUAAAUCGACCGACUUCGAGGUUCACCGGAACUGGCUUGCAAUCACCCAUUCAUUACCUGUCAAGGAAUGGUACUACGAGAAAACAUCAGAAUGGACACUCGACUAUCCCCCUUUUUUCGCAGCAUUUGAGUGGCUAUUGUCGCAAGCGGCGCAGUAUGCGGACCCUGCGAUGUUGAUCGUCAAGAAUCUCAAUUAUGAUUCCUGGCAGACAAUCUACUUUCAGCGAGCAACUGUUAUUCUUAGUGAACUCGUUCUCAUCUUCGCAUUGAAUUGCUUCAUCAAAUCUGCGCCUCAGUCUAAUAAGCAACUUGCGCAUAUUGCCAGCCUCUCAAUUCUGUUGUCGCCCGGUCUGCUGAUCAUCGACCACAUCCAUUUCCAGUAUAACGGAUUUAUGUACGGGGUACUGAUCCUGUCUAUCGUACUUGCACGAAAGCAGUCGACGCUCCUCUACAGUGGUAUCACUUUUGCCAUUUUGCUCUGCAUGAAACAUAUUCAUCUCUAUCUCUCGUUGGCCUACUUUGUCUACCUGCUGAGAACUUAUUGUCUUGACCCUAAGUCGGUCUUUCGACCCAGAUUUGGAAAUAUUAUCAAGCUUGGUCUGGGUGUCAUCAGUGUCUUUGGCGUAGCAUUCGGUCCAUUCGUCUAUUGGAAUCAGUUGUUCCAACUGAAAGAUCGACUCUUCCCGUUCUCAAGGGGUCUGUGCCAUGCCUACUGGGCGCCUAACAUCUGGGCAAUGUAUUCCUUUGCUGAUCGUGUCCUCAUUUUACUUGCCCCACGUUUGGGUCUUUCUAUUAACCAGGAGGCCCUAACGAGUGUUACGCGGGGUCUUGUCGGAGAUACCUCGUUUGCUGUUCUUCCAGAGGUGACUAAGGAACACACUUUUGCGCUUACUUUUCUGUUUCAGCUGCUUCCGUUGAUCAAACUGUGGCGGAGCCCUGGCGAUUGGGACGUAUUUGUUGGUGCCAUUACGCUGUGCGGAUAUGCUUCAUUCCUAUUCGGCUGGCAUGUUCAUGAAAAAGCCGUCCUCCUGAUCAUCAUACCUUUCAGUCUCAUAGCCCUCAGAGACAGGCGGUACUUUAGCGCGUUCAGGUCUCUUGCGAUAGCUGGGCAUGUCUCGCUCUUCCCCUUACUGUUUACUGCGGCCGAGUUCCCUAUCAAGACCGUAUACACCGUCUUUUGGUUGGUCUUAUUCCUGUUUGUAUUUGAGCAGGUAGCACCAGUUCCCGAACGACCACGGAUCUUCCCGAUUGUCGACCGCUUCUCCUUGCUAUACCUGGCAGUGGCCAUUCCACUGAUCAUCUACUGCUCACUUGUACACCAGUUGAUUUUUGGACUGGAACGGUACGAGUUCUUGCCCUUGAUGUUCAUGAGCAGCUAUUCCGCCUUGGGCGUGGUUUGGGUCAUCCCGGAGACCAACGAAGUCUUCACUCAGUAUGAACCGUACCUUCAGCGAAUGGACUUCUACAAACAGAGAAGAUUUAUCUGCGAGAUUACAGGCCAUUCAGGCUUGACAUUCUUCGAAGCGCUUAGGUCGGAACUGGAGGAAUCGCGGGAAGUUAAUAACACGUUCCCUGACGCUUUGAAGGAGCCCAUCCUGCGAAGGAUUCAAUUCUCCACUGUAUCGCGGGUCGACAACCUUGUGGAUGAGAUUUAUGAAGAAUUUAAGCAGGACUUUUACCCUGGGGAGCCCGUUUUGAUAUUGCUGGAUGACAACACACGCCUCCAUGGUAUGAUCAGAGACAAGGCCAAUUUCGCAGAACAACUGUAUCCGGAUGGCACCGUUAAAUCUCCAGCAUACGCGACAUAUCUCGUAAAAGUGCUAGAUCGUCCGAAUGAGGAAGCUCUAUUGGACCAAGAGCACAUUACUCGAGAUCGAAAAACCUUCACGAAACAAAUGUUGCGUGCUUUCAUCAAGAACAAUGUAACGCGGGAGUCUUGGAACGGCGCUCCUUGGCUAGUGAAAUCAUCGAUUGCGGAAGAAUACAGAAUUCCCACGGAGGUACCGAAACAUCUGCAAUACGGAGCUAAGGUGGCAGAAAAGAAGGCGAUGAAGAAGGCAGACCAAGAGGGUUUCUUCGGGUUUUUCGCAUCACAGCAACUCCCUGAAUUGAAACCCGCCGUGAAGGGCCAAAAAUCCAAACUUUCCCAACAGGAUUUGGCGCGGUCCAAGGAGGCGCAGUUCCUCGAGUAUCAAAGAUCUCUCAAUGGCAACCCGACUUUCGUUGUCAGCAACAAAACCACUGGAGCCGCUCGUUCGUCCAAAUCUCAGGAGACUGACAAGAAAUCGCAGACUGCUACUGCAGUUGUCGUCAAAACUGAAACCCCUAGACCGCCGUCACCUCCUCCAAUCAAAUAUCCUAUCGAGGAUCUAGAUAUCGCACCGGACCGCGAAAAGAAAAAGCAAAGGCCAGCUUUGAAGUUCUUGAAAGUCAACGAGUCAGACAGUCCUGAUGAUGAAGACUUGCUACAUGAUAAUAUCGACAUGAAGUCAGUGGGAUUGCUUCUCGAGACGUGGAAUACUCUCAACGUGUACUGUGAAGUCUUCCAGUUGGACUCGUUUACCUUCGAUGAUUUUCUCCAGGCCAUGCGCUUUUCAUCCGAGGAGGUAGACUGUGAACUCUUCGUUGAGAUGCAUUGUGCUGUUUUGAAGAAGCUGGUUAAUUCAGAGAAGGAUGAGAAUGGCGCUGUGCAGAUCUCGCUUCCCGAUCUUCCGGUAGAGGAAUCUGAUUCCGACGAAGAGGAUGAAGAAGAGGAAGAGGAAGAAAGCCCUGAGCCCGAACCGGUGGUGACUAGAAUGACUACUCGGAGUAGCCUGGCCAAGGCAGAAGCGGAAACCCUGAAAGCACAAGCUAAUCGCAGCCGCUCUAAUUCAGUAGAGGUCAAAAUCCAUCGGGCUGCCGAGAUGUUUGGAGACUAUGGCUGGAUAGAUCGUCUCCGGAAGCGAGACUUCCGCAACGGUGGUUGGGAGUUAGUCAUGGUUGGCUUACUGCACCAACUAUCCGCUCGUCCACGGAUGGAGAAGGUCUGUAACGAUAUACUCAAGCAUUUGGCUCCUCUCGAUGCGGAGCCGACCCAAGAUACUGUCCAGCGCCAGUAUGCUACCCUCGAUAUCAACCUGCGCGCUGAAGCCCUCCAAAUCAUAUGCAUGCUCAGUCUGGAGACCAAAGCUAUUCGAAAUUAUCUGGAGGAGUGCAGUAAUCAAAUGACCGAGUUCCGCAAGGAGAAGAUCGAAUAUCAAAAGGCUCGCAAAGCAGGACUCGAAGAACUUCGACGGUUACACCAAGAACGGAAAGCACUCCAACCCGAGCCAGAAAAGUCACCCUCGCCAGCGCCAGAAUUGGAAGCACUGGAAGACUCCAAGAUGACUGGAGUUGACGGGGAGUCUGAUCAAGUCGCAGAUUCCGAAGAGGAAGAGGAAGCUCCUCAGCGGUCGCUGCGUGGAGGACUGGAUAGAGUUCUUGAGAGGAAACGAAAGCAAGAAGAAGAACAGAAACGAAAGGAACAGUUAGCCAAACAGCCGAAGGGCACGAAGCAAUAUCAGAGGGUGCUGAAGAAGAUCGACGACCAAAAAGCGAACAUCGAGAAGCUCGAAGAGAAGAUCGACGUGGUGGACAACGAUUUGAGAGAAGCCGAUUGCCCCCGAACCAGGUGUCUUGGAAAGGACAGGUUUUGUAACCGAUACUGGUGGUUCGAGCGAAAUGCAAUGCCGUACGGGGGUAUGCCGAACAGUUCAACAGCAGAGGCUCAGUUUGCCAAUGCCCGCUUAUGGGUCCAAGGACCCGACGAAAUGGAGCGUGUAGGGUUCAUUGACGUGCCUGACGAUCAGAAGAAGCAAUACCAGAAAGAAUUCCAUACAACUCCAGCGGAUCGCAAGAAGGCCGAAGAAGGACCCACCAGGCUCUCGAACGCGGAUGAAUGGGGCUACUACGAUGACCCUGAUGCUGUGGACAAACUUAUUGAUUGGCUUGACUCGCGGGGUAAUCGAGAAUUGAGAUUACGCAAAGAGCUGCUGCUUCAGCGUGACCACAUUGUCAAGUACAUGAAGUUCCGUAUGGAAUACCUUGCGCAGACGGCCGAGAGGGCUGAAUCGGAGGAGAUGCCCACGAAGCGAAUGACGACCAGAAACAAGACCUACGUGGACGACCACAAGCACCGUUGUCUGAGCUGGCAUAACACGACAGCCAUGUCUGAGAACGGACAUCUUCAUGUAGAUGCAUCGCGACCAACCAAGCGAGCCAAGAGGGCUACUGACGACCCCAAAGAGAUCAAGGCGGUUAAUCGCCAGGGCAAACCCUUGACAAGGCAAGGCUCCCGUUACCACUUCUAG